AUGGAGAAGUCCGAGGAGAACAUGAAGGAGCACCAGCAGCUGAGGGCAGAAUUCGAGGACAAGUACUUUGAGGUAAGGGCAGGGUCGGCGAGUAAAUUACCACAACAGUAUGCAACACAAAACACAGUUCCUAUUAACACCUCUCAUGUGCAAGCUUCCGUACAACUUCCUCAAAUCAAUCUACCUGAGUUCGAUGGUAAUGUCCAAAACUGGAUUCCAUUCCACGAUACGUUUGUUGCCUUGAUCGAUUCCUCUACAGAGUUGAACAACAUACAGAAGUUCCACUACUUGCGCGCUUCACUCAAGGUUGAUGCUUUGAAGCUGAUUGAUUCCUAUUCGAUGAGCGAGGCUAACUAUAGGGUUGCUUGGGAUGGUUUGGUCUCACGGUUCUUCAACAACUACCUUCUCAAGAAGCGGCAUUUGAAUGCGUUGUUUGAGUGUCCAAGAAUGAAGAAGGAGUCAGCGGCAACAUUGCACGAUUGUUUCGAACGAAACGCUAAAAUUUUGGACCAACUAGGAGAGAAGUCGAACGGUUGGGGAGCGAUGCUAGUUCACUUAAUGGUCUCGAAGCUCGACGAGGUGACUCAGAAGCGGUGGGAGGAGAAUGUUACGUCUGAAGAGAGUUUCUGUGGAUCAACAUAUCUUCGAUCCCAUUGGUUCAUGGACCAACAAUAG